CUUUUACAGAUUCACACAUAAAGAGUAAACGUUGAUUACAUGAUUCCAUCUUGAAAAAAAACAAAACAAUGUGGAAUAGAAUAGUGUAUUGUAUGCACAUGUACCCACCUACAGUUUGGAUCAAUAUAUACAACCAUUCAAAAAAAGGUGUUAUGAUUCAAACAAAUAUUCAUUCAAUAAAUGAUAAAAAUAUUGGACAAUAUUUAUCUAUAUCAACGGGUUGGGGUAUAGCUAAAAUUAUUGGUUUAUUAAUAUCAACUAAUAGUUGUGGUGGUGGUGGUGGUGGUGGUAAUGGUGAUGGUGAUGGUGACAAUCAUGAUAGUAGUAGCCAUGGUAAUCAAUCAGGUUUAUUAAAUCCAUCGAUUACAUUUGCAUAUUGUUUAAUUGGUAAAUUAUCAUUUCGUUAUCUUAUCCCAUAUAGUAUAGUACAAUUAUUAGGAUCAAUAUUUGGUACAUUUAUUAUCAUUUGUAUUUAUUGGGAAAAUAUACAAUUAUAUGCUAAAUUAUAUUCCUAUGGUAAAUUAGAAAUGAAUUAUACUGGUUCAUUAUUAGUCAAUAUACCUAAUGUAUCUCAUCAAUUAUGUUUAUUAGAUUAUAUUAUAUCCAAUACAAUCUAUUCAUGGAUUAUAUUAAUCAUUAAUAAUAAUCAUAAUUUAUCAUAUGAAUUCCAAUUAAUUUAUAUUGGAUUAUUAUUCACUGGUAUUAUUGGAUCAUUAUCAUUAAAUAUUGGUAUUGGAUUAAAUCCAGCUAGUGAUUUAGGUGCAAGAAUAACAAUAUCAUUAUGUGGUAAAUGAUUGAUUAUGUAAUAUGUAUAUAUUUCUUUUACUAUACAGAUAUAUAUGUUUCUAUGGUGAGAUGAUCUUUGUGUGUGACGUUGAAAUGAUCUUGAGGAUAUCCAUCUGGAAACUAGGACUGAAUAAUGAUUAUAAAUCAGUUUGUUGAAGAAUAAGGAUUAUGAUUUAUAAUGGAUGAUUAGGAUUAUUUAGCCAAGUGGAUCAAUCCAAGAAAUGUUAUUUUAUAUUUGUUAAGCACUUCCACACAUUGUAGUCUUGUUAGUUGAGACUAUAAUUUACGGACGACAUUUAAGUGAUGCUAAAACGACAUUGAGGAUAUUCAUAUACUAACUAAGAUUAGAUAACGAUUAUAACCCAAUUUAAGAAAUUAGAAUAAUGAUGAUUAAGGUUAAGGAUUAGAUUUAGGGUCUUCAUCACGAGUUGAAAUCAGCUAUAAUGCUAAAAUGAUAUUUAACCAAGUGGAUGAAUGAAUUUUAUGCCAAAAUCGAAGAUCUGUUAUUUUAUAUCUGACUGAUUCGUCCAUAAAUUACAGUCUUGCCAUUUAUUUUAUAGUUAAGAGUGAAAUUCAGGAUGUGUAUUACGUGAUAUUUGAAAUUUGUUAAUUGGAUGAUCUUAUAUCCGAGUGUUACUAUUCACAAUGAGAUUGGAACUCAAUGUGUUAAGCUUCAAACUUUGAUGUUGUUCAUGCCCUGAAACUAAUCCAAUGUAGUUUUAAAUAUUAUACUUAUUAUGCAAAUUAGUUGCUAUUUGGAUUCAGUAGUUUAAUGAAUAAAGCGUUUGGUAUUUGAUGCAAAAAACAUUGGACUCUAGUUUUGAUGUAAACAUUAACACUGCAAUGUUAGUAUAUCCGUCUGAAGAUUCCUCAAUAUAAAGAAAAGAGAGCUCAAAUAAACCGA